UAGUAUCCAUGAAGUUUUAGUAUCCACUGAGAUUUGACUCAAAGUAGAGCAUUUAUAGUCUUGGCUCCAACUGCUUCUCUCGCUCCAGUCAUUGUAGCCUUUUCUAAUUAUAGUCUCCCAUGCCUUUCAAGGGAUGCUUUUAUUUCACAAUAAAUAUCAGGAACUUAGGUCUUGCACAAGAUGCCCAAGCAAUAAGGCUAACUUCUAAACCUGAUAGAGACAAUGGGGAAGAAUUUGCAACUAAAUGAUGGUAAAGUUACCACAAUGCAGUUGACAAAGAAUCUUCCAUAAGGAAGAUUCGCUUGGGUUUAGUAUCUUAACAUAUCACCUCUUGGCAUCCAAUAUUUGGCCUCCUCAAGCAAACUGAGCAAGAGAGUUGGUCUUAGAAGAAAUGGCAGCUCAGCUGUAUGGGAAGCAUGCUUUUGCCUAAUUUUGAUAUGAAGAAGAAUUUCAAUUUU